AAGAUGUUUUGUUUCUCAUCCAAGAAGCUUCUUCAGUUCAGUUCAGUUCAAUGAACAAGAGGAAGCAAAACAUCUUCAAGGAAAAACCAAGAAAAUCUACUUGCCUUUCGAAAAAGCACCUUGGGGACAACCAUGACCUGGAUGACUGAGAAGCUCUGUAGAUGAUAUUGUGUUGGCAAAAUUGGUCGAGACCUAUGUGGAUACUAUCUCCAGUGGGAACGUUCCCUGCCUGGAGAACGCAGUCUUGGCCUUGGCUGACACUGAGAACAGGGCAGCCGUGCAGGAAGCUGUUGCUCACUAUGAGCAACUGAUGGAGCAAAGCUUGGAGCUACCCACUGAGACUCUCCAGGAACUUCUGGACGUACACAAAAAAUGUGAAGAGCAAGCCCUUGAGAAGUUCACGGGUCGUGCCUUUAAGGAUGAUACACGUCAGUUUCAGCAGGAAUUCAUGAAAACUGUGGAGAGCAAAAAGGAAGAGUACUGCAGCAAAAAUGAGUUGAAAUCUUCUGAAAUCUGUUCAGCUUUAUUAAGCUCACUAUCUGAAGGCUUGGAGUGGAACAUCAGGAACGGAAGCUAUGCCCGAGCUGGUGGCCACCAGGAAUUUCUUAAUGACCUCCAAAAAGUGGAGAAAGAAUUCUUGGAGAAACCUGAGAAAGGAGUAAUGGCAGGGAAGAUCCUGAAAGAAUUCUUCCAGAGCAAAGAAAACAUCAGCAAAACCAUCCUUCAAAGUGACAUGAGCCUUCAAGAGAAGGAGAAGGAAAUAGCAGGUAAAGAACAAGAACAAGAGGUCCAGAAGCAGGAAAUGGAAAUGCUCAAACAGAAGUUGGAGGACCAGAAGCAGACGAUGGAGGACCAGAAGCAGAAGUUGGAGGACCAGAAGCAGACGUUGGAGGACCAGAAGCAGAAGUUGGAGGACCAGAACCAGAGGUUGGAGGACCAGAAGCAGAAGUUGGAGGACCAGAAGCAAACGUUGGAGGACCAGAAGCAGACGUUGGAGGACCAGAAGCAGAAGUUGGAGGACCAGAAGCAGAAGUUGGAAAACCAGAAGCAGACGUUGGAGGACCAGAAGCAGACGUUGGAGGACCAGAAGCAGAAGUUGGAGGACCAGAAGCAGACGUUGGAGGACCAGAAGCAGAAGUUGGAGGACCAGAACCAGAGGUUGGAGGACCAGAACCAGUUGGAGGACCAGAAGCAGACGUUGGAGGACCAGAAGCAGACGUUGGAGGACCAGAACCAGAGGUUGGAGGACCAGAAGCAGAAGUUGGAGGACCAGAAGCAGACGAUGGAGGACCAGAAGCAGACGUUGGAGGACCAGAACCAGAGGUUGGAGGAUCAGAAGCAGAAGUUGGAGGUCCAGAAGCAGAAGUUGGAGGACCAGAACCAGAGGUUGGAGGACCAGAAGCAGAAGUUGGAGGACCAGAAGCAGACGUUGGAGGACCAGAAGCAGAAGUUGGAGGUCCAGAAGCAGACUUUGGAGGACCAGAAGCAGACGUUGGAGGACCAGAAGCAGAAGUUGGAGGACCAGAAGCAGAUGUUGGAGGAUCAGAAGCAGAUGUUGGAGGACCAGAAGCAGACGUUGGAGGACCAGAAGCAGAAGUUGGAGGACCAGAAGCAGAUGUUGGAGGAUCAGAAGCAGAUGUUGGAGGACCAGAAGCAGACAUUGGAGGACCAGAAGCGGAGUCAUGAGAUGAACCUUCAGAAGCUAAAGGAGAAGAUGGAGGAAGAAAAGGAACAGAUAAAAAAAGAAUUUAAGAAAACCAUCAAAAAGGAAUGCAGGGUAACACUACAAUCUCAGCAACAGUUUGCUGUAGUUGGGUUAUAGGCAGUGGUGGGAUUCAAAUAGUUUAACAACCGGUUCUGUG